AUGGGUCAUAACUUGAGUAUCCGCCGACCGAAAAUCUCACUCACUUGGGUACUUCGAGACCAGCAAAAUCAACCGUCGUCUUCACAGCAAAAGAAAUCACUCGAUUGGAAACAAACUGAGAAGAUUUUGUUCAGAAAGCCAAAAGAAAAGCUUUUUAGUGAAAAAUAUGUUAACGACAAUAACGUGAAAGAUGAACAUGGAAUGAAAGUAAGCGUCGAUAAUUUACAAGCUAAUUUAAAUGACGUGGCAAAAAGUGAGAGAGCAAGAAAAUUUCGUGAAAAAUUAUGUGGACAACGUCGAAGUACUGAAAGUAAUUACGAUCAACUUGAAGUCUCUAAAUCUAAAUCGUUAAGUCAAGCUAAUCUUUCCAUAAAGAAUACUUACUCAGAACCAUCAAUUUACAUAACAUCCGCUCAAUCAGAUAGCAUGGCUUUAGGCAAACGAUAUCGUCGAAGACGAAAGCGAUCACCAAAAUUUGGUUACAACAUCAAAAAUGUCGAUGACUUUCUUUCAAAGUGUUCACUCAGCAAUCCUGCUAACAUUCCAGUUGUUUUGUCGAACUCAAGCAUUCUUUAUCAAACACGUUCUGGUUAUCAUCAAAUAGAAAUUCCCCUUCCGCUUGGCAUGGUUGUUAACUCAGUGUUUAAGAACCAGAAUUGGCUUUACGUUCAAACACCGCAUGGGGAAGAAGGAUAUGUAAAUUUUAACGCUUGUUUGCCGCUGGGAAUUAUCCCUAAUCAUAAACCGAACUCAUCAGUAAACAAACCGAAACCGUGUUGGGAAUCUAAUAUUGAUGUUUUUCCAAGCCCGUGUGGCAAUUUAACAGAUUCUGAAAAAGAAGUUCAACUACGAGGUGGCACAAGAAGUGAAGGCAGAAGAACACCAAAACUUAGGCGAAGUGAUCAAUCGUGGAGUGAAAAAUAUCUCGACAGUUUAUAUCUGAAAGCUGCAAGUCAACCAAAAACCAUCGAUCAUUCGUAUGCGCAACUGAAACCGACAAACAUGUGUACAUUGACAAAUUACAAUAAUUUUGAUAAACUCAAUGGUGACUAUGUUCAACUUAAACACAACCGUGACAAAAUUAAUCUAAAUACGAGACGUCAAGUGCUUCUGGCAAUUACUGAAAACUUUGCAUCCGACAUGAUUCAAGUGAUUGAAGGUGACAUUGUUUCCCUCUUAGCUUACAAAGAAUAUCAAGAAAGUGGAGCAUUACGUCAAUGGUAUUUCAUUAGGAAUAGUGAAGGUUUUGAAGGCUACAUUCCAAGCAGUAUCACCAACGAAUUUUUAUAAAAGAGUUUUCAUAAU